AUGAUCGCUCUUCAACAAUUGAUCGCCCUCCUCCCACUUCUCUCACUAACACUCGCCGCUCCUAGUAAUUCUACCAUCUCCAAGAGGUGUACUAGUGCUAUUACAAGCUAUGAUGGGGUCAGUUCUGCUGUAUCGUCAGGAUGUGAUAUUGAUCUCGGCGCAAUCACUGUCCCAGCUGGUAAAGCGCUUGAUUUAUCUGGCCUGAAAUCCGGUAUCAAAGUUUCUGUCUCUGGAAACGUAAAAUUCACCGGCGGGAAAGAAUGGGAAGGUCCAAUGUUCAUCAUUGAUGGCACUGAUAUCACUUUCGAUGGUAAAGGUCACACUUUUGAUGGUCAAGGUAAAACUUUCUGGGAUGGACUAGGUUCUAACGGUGGAAAGACCAAGCCUAAAAUGAUGAAAAUCAAAAUGAGCGGUACUUUCUCUAACUUGGUGGUGCUCAACGCUCCUGUUCAGGCUUUCUCCGUUGGGAAUAAAAAGGCGCUCACGAUCAAAGGGAUUACUGUCGAUACUCGAGACGGGAAUGCACUAGGUGGUGACGGUAAAGCAUUGGGUCACAACUCGGACUGCUUCGACGUAUCAGCUACUGACACCACACUCGAUGGUAACUUCUGUUAUAAUCAAGAUGACUGUCUAGCUAUAAAUUCAGGAUCGGGUAUAACAUUUUCAAACAACUUCUGUUCAGGUGGUCAUGGUAUCAGUAUCGGAUCUAUUCAAUCAGACAAAGUGGUCUCUGGCAUAACCAUCACUGGCAAUACAGUUGAGAAUUCAGAUAAUGGAAUUCGAAUUAAAACGGUAUAUGAGGCUACAGGAGGUUCAGUCUCUGAUGUAACUUAUUCAAAUAAUAAAGUAACUGGUAUUCCCAAAUAUGGCGUGGUCAUUCAACAAGAUUAUGAGAAUGGUUCACCGACUGGAACUCCUACCAAUGGAAUUGAAAUUAAGAAUAUCAAUUUUAAAUCAGGUAAUACCGUCCAAGUCACUGAUGAAGGGAAAGAAGUAUACGUACUGUGUGGAAGUGGAUCUUGUAUCGGGAAAUGGGAUUGGUCAGGUCUUUCAGUUUCAGGCGGUUCAAGAGGUAGUAUCACAGGAAAUCCACCCAUCACAGGAUUUUCUCUUUAA